AUGAAAAUCGCCUCAGCCAUACAGGGCCUGAAGGAAGAGCUACUGAAGGUGGUAGUGGUAAAUAACACCGACCCUCGAACCAAAUCGGACUGGAUCUAUUUCAAACAGCAUGUGAUAGGGACUGAGGAGAACCAACGGAUGGCUGAAACGAUGAUUGCAGCGAAUCGAUGGGCUGCUAGACGCAAACAUGAGACGACCUGGCUUCCCCCUCGAUCGAAUUCGAUGCGAUUGGAUACUAGUUUGCCCAACCCGGUAGAGCGCCACUCACAAUCGACUGGUAGAGGACCCUUGCCCGGUGGAAAACCAGGGAUGAUGAAUCAUGGUCUACCAAAUGACCCUCCGGUCACUUGGACAGAGGACGGAGGACGUCUCAGCGAGAACGAAAUGACUUGGAGGAGGGAGAACCGACGUUGUCUCAAAUGUAGAAGUCCAGAACAUUACGCCAACAACUGUCCAAAUGGAGGAAAUACGAGAAACAACAUUAGGGGAUCCCCAAACCCGCAUAGCUCACCGAUUCCUAGUGGAUCGAACUCGAUCCCAACUGGAUCCAAAGGGCCAUUAGUUCGAGGAAUGGCGGUGACCUUUGAAGAAGAGGGAAACGACUACCUGGCCUAA